AUGUCCGAGUUCCAAAAGGACUCGCUAUCGCUCGAAGAGACCAACAAGCUCCGUAUCAAGCUCGGCCUCAAACCCCUCACCGACGAUGGCCCUGCCGACAGCAAGCCCGCUGCCGACGGCGACGACGGCGCCAAGUCUGCACGCCAGGUCGACGAAGACGCAGAGGCGGAGCGCAGGCAUAUCGAGCAGAUAGAGCGCAACAGGCGCGAAAAGGAGCAACAGGAGAUCCGCGACCGCAUCGCAAAGGCCCAGAACAAGCGCGAGCUCGCCCGAAAGCUUCAAGGGCCCACGCUGGCCGACCCCGAGCCAGCGGAAGCAUCAGGACCAUCCUCGUCGGCGGCACCCGGCUCGCAGGACACGCUCAAGUGGCUCAGGCAGGCCAAGAAGCGUGCAAAGGAGAAUGCCGCCAAGCUCGCCCGGGAGCUCCAGGAGCAGGAGACUCAGGCCCAGGCCGUCUACGACGAGUCGGACCUCGCAGGCCUCAAGGUGGCCCACGACGUCGACGACUUUGACGACGGCGACGAGCGCAUCCUCACGCUCAGGGACUCGGGCGUUCUCGACGAUGCCGACGACGAGCUGAUGGACUACGACCUCGACCAGGCCGAGCGCGAUCGCAUCAACCAGGAGCGCAAAAAGGCGCGCAGGGGCUACACCGGCCUCGACGACGACCAGUUCGACGAGGCAAACGUCGGGCGGCGGCGCGGCGUGCUGUCCAAGUACGACGCCGACAUCGCCGACGACGGGCUGACGCGCUCCAGCGAGGGCGGCUUCCGCCUCGGUGCAGGCGCCACCAAGCCCUCGAACCGAAAGGAGCUCGCGCGCAGGGAACUCGAGCAGGAGGCGGCCGCUGCCAACAAGCAGCUGCUCUCGCUCGACUACGCCAAGAACCAAGAGGUGUCCGACUACCUCCAGGAGGGCGACGUAGGCUUCAAAAAGCCCAAGGCCAAGAAGCGCAAAAAGGCCGCGCGCGUCAAGCUGGACCUUGACGACCCCGAGGACGCCGCAGGCCCGUCGAUCUCCGCACCGGUCCGCGCCGGCGCCGAUGCCGAUGCCAACGGCGAUGUCGAGAUGGGGUCAGAGCCUGCCGCCGAGGUGCGGAAGCCUCGCGCGCGCGACGUCACCGAAAACUUCGUCGAUGACGACGAGCUGCAGGCCAGCCUGGCCAAGGUGCGGCGGCAGAAGGCCAAGCGCACCUUUGUCAAGAUGACGCCCGAGAUGAUUGCCAAGAAUUUGGCGGCACAGCGGGCGGCCGAGGAGGCGGAGCGCGCAGCGAGCGGGAGCCCCUACCCAGGCGACGCCUCGACGUCUGCGGCGGUUGCGGGCGUCAAAGAAGAGGAGGAACCCGCCGGCGGGCUCACGUUUGACAGCACCAGCGAGUUUGUCCGGACGAUCGGCCACCGUCAGGCGGCAGAGCAGGCUGACGAGGACAGCCGGCGCAGGCGGCUUGCGGCCCUUAAGCGGGAGUCUAUCAGCGCGGAACCGGGGCUGGCGUCAGCGCCGAGCGCAUCGGCAGCGACCAACGGCGUCGUGACCAUCAAGAAGGAGGAGUCGGAGGAUGUCGAUUUUGGCGAUCCAGCGGAGGAGUAUGAGGCGGCGAGGAUGGCGGCCGAGGGCGCCAGUAGCGGUAGCGGUGCGGACGCUGCUGCUACCGGCAAGGCCGGCUCGCCCGUCGCGGACCCUCUGGCCGGUCUGCCGCCGGCGGAGCCCAGCGUGUCGAUGGGCGUGGCCGGUACGCUGGCGUUGCUGCGCAACCAGGGCAUGCUGCCGACGAUCUCGGCCGAGGAAAAGGCGCGGGAGCGACAGCAACAAGAGUACGACCGGUGGCUGGCGCAGCGGCGGCAGGAGGAGCAGCUGCGCGAGCUGGAGCGCAAGAUGUCCAAGGCGCAGGGCUCGGCCAAGGACCAGGCGACACGCGAGUACGAGAACCGCAAGCGCGAGCUCGACGAGGCUCGGUCGGCGCAGGACCGCUUCAAGGAUUACAAGCCGGACGUUGACAUCCAGUACCACGACGAGUUUGGGCGCCAGCUCACCCCGCACGAGGCGUGGAAGCAGCUCUCGCACGUCUUCCACGGCAAGAAGCCGGGCGCCAAGAAGAUCGAGAAGCGGCUCAAGAAGAUCGAGGACGAGAAAAAGCGCCAGAGGGCGUCGGCGGGCGACACCCCCUCGGGAAUGCUGGCGGCGUUCCAGAGCCGGGCGGAGCGGACCGGCCAGGCGCACAUGGUGCUCAGCGUCGGCAGCCGUGGCAGCGCGCCGUCGGACCUCGCCCUGCUCGGGCCCAACACGGUCUCGGCGUCGACGUCGGCUGCGGCGGCGGGCGGUGCAGGAAAGGGCAAGAAGCGGGCGACGUCGGCAGUCAGCCCGACGCUCGACGGCAGCCGGAGCACCUCGGUCACGGCCCUCGACGAUGGAACCAUGUCGAGCGCCACCACCACCGGCGGCGACGGCGGCGAGCAGUCGGUCGCGACGUCGAGGCGCGGCUGGGCCGCCGUCGGCGCGCCUUCCUCUGGAGCUGCGGGAUCGUCGCUGAAGCGGUCGUUUUCGCCCGCCGUGGCGCCGAGCCCCGGCGGCGCACCAUCCUCCUCGGCGCAGCCGUUCCGCAUCAACUUGUCUUCUGGCGGCGGCGGCGGUGGUGGAUCGACGAAGCGGAAGGCCGAGGACGACGAGUAG